AUGGAGUCUCCAUCCCUAAACUUGUCUCCAUCGCUAAACUUGUUGCCACCUCAAGGCAGGAGAACUCAGCCUGCUUUGAAAUUCAAGAGAUGCAUUCAUUUCUUUGUAAAUACAAGGUGCUUUCUCUUUAACUCCCUAUUUCCUUCUCUCUUUCCUUUCUUCUCUCUUUCCCUUUCCCUUUCUUCUCUCUUUCCCUUUCUUCUCUCUUUCCCUUUCUUCUCUCUUUUUCCCUUUCUUCUCUCUUUCCCUUUCUUCUCUCUUUCCUUUCUUCUCUCUUUCCCUUUCUUCUCUCUUUUCCCUUUCUUCUCUCUUCCCUUUCUUCUCUCUUUCCUUUCUUCUCUCUUUCCUUUCUUCUCUCUUUCCUUUCUUCUCUCUUUCCUUUCUUCUCUCUUUUCCCUUUCUUCUCUCUUUCCCUUUCUUCUCUCUUUCCCUUUCUUCUCUCUUUCCCUUUCUUCUCUCUUUCCCUUUCUUCUCUCUUCCCUUUCUUCUCUCUUUCCCUUUCUUCUCUCUUUCCUUUCUUCUCUCUUUCCUUUCUUCUCUCUUUCCCUUUCUUCUCUCUUUCCCUUUCUUCUCUCUUUCCUUUCUUCUCUCUUUCCUUUCUUCUCUCUUUCCCUUUCUUCUCUCUUUCCCUUUCUUCUCUCUUUCCUUUCUUCUCUCUUUCCCUUUCUUCUCUCUUUCCCUUUCUUCUCUCUUUCCCUUUCUUCUCUCUUUCCCUUUCUUCUCUCUUUCCCUUUCUUCUCUCUUUCCCUUUCUUCUCUCUUUCCCUUUCUUCUCUCUUUCCCUUUCUUCUCUCUUUCCCUUUCUUCUCUCUUUCCUUUCUUCUCUUUUCCUUUCUUCUCUCUUUCCCUUUCUUCUCUCUUUCCCUUUCUUCUCUCUUUCCCUUUCUUCUCUCUUUCCUUUCUUCUCUCUUUCCCUUUCUUCUCUCUUUUUUCCCUUUCUUCUCUCUUUCCCUUUCUUCUCUCUUUCCUUUCUUCUCUCUUUCCCUUUCUUCUCUCUUUCCCUUUCUUCUCUCUUUCCCUUUCUUCUCUCUUUCCCUUUCUUCUCUCUUUCCCUUUCUUCUCUCUUUCCCUUUCUUCUCUCUUUCCCUUUCUUCUCUCUUUCCUUUCUUCUCUCUUUCCCUUUCUUCUCUCUUUCCCUUUCUUCUCUCUUUCCCUUUCUUCUCUCUUUCCCUUUCUUCUCUCUUUCCCUUUCUUCUCUCUUUCCCUUUCUUCUCUCUUUCCCUUUCUUCUCUCUUUCCCUUUCUUCUCUCUUUCCCUUUCUUCUCUCUUUCCUUUCUUCUCUCUUUCCCUUUCUUCUCUCUUUCCCUUUCUUCUCUCUUUCCCUUUCUUCUCUCUUUCCUUUUCUUCUCUCUUUCCUUUCUUCUCUCUUUCCCUUUCUUCUCUCUUUCCCUUUCCUUUCUUCUCUUUCCUUUCUUCUCUCUUUCCCUUUCUUCUUCUCUCUUCUUCCCUUUCUUCUCUCUUUCCCUUUCUUCUCUCUUUCCCUUUCUUCUCUUUUUCCCUUUCUUCUCUCUUUCCCCUUUCUUCUCUCUUUCCCCUUUCUUCUCUCUUUCCCCUUUCUUCUCUCUUUCCCCUUUCUUCUCUCUUUCCCCUAUUUGAGAGCUCAGGCUAA